GGUUUGGUGUCAGGUGAAGGAAGGAACAGCUGAGUGUCGUGUGAGUGCGCGCGCGCGUGGACAGCAGCGAUGGUUUGUGGAGGAUACAUUUGUACCAAGAACGCGCUCUGCGCCCUCAACAUACUUUAUGUUCUGGUGAGUCUGCUGCUGAUUGGAGUGGCAGCCUGGGGGAAAUGGUUCGACCUGGUGUCCAGCAUCAGGGUGGUGGCGGCCGUCAUCGGUGUGGGCAUCUUCCUGUUCAUUGUUGCAUUUGCUGGGCUGUGCGGCACCCUGAAGCACCACCAGAUCCUGCUCUUCUUCUACAUGAUGAUUCUCUUCAUAGUAUUCAUUGUGCAGUUCUGUAUUUCAUGUGCUUGCCUGGCCCUGAAUAAAGACCAACAGAACCAUCUACUGGAAGUCGGGUGGAACAAGUCCGAGGCAACUCAGCAGGACAUAGAGAAAACACUCAACUGUUGUGGCUACUCAAAAGUCGACAACAACGGCACCUGUGCGGCUUCUUGCUUCAAGGAUCCUUCACUGUCUUGUUUCACCUGCUCAAACAUCAUCCUGGAGUAUGCUGGGGAUGUUCUUCGGUUUGUGGGUGGUAUCGGACUCUUCUUCAGUUUCACAGAGAUCCUUGGAGUUUGGCUGACCUACAGAUUCAGAAAUAUCAAAGAUCCUCGAUCAAACAGUGGAGCCUUUCUCUAGCCACGCCCAGAUGUAAUAAAUUGCACUGCUGAGUAAA